AUGUCAUUUGUCGGACUUAAUCUUACCAAUAAUUAUUCCCUCUACGCCGUUCCUGUAGCUUGGGCCGUAGCCGUCGCACCCCAUUUCUACGCUAUAGCGCUGUACAAUUCUGAAAAAGCUGCUGGCUCACCUAAGUGGGACAACACAGAACCCAAAAAGAAUAUCGCUAAUAUCAAAGAAGCCAAACUCUCACCUACUUCACAAGGUAAAUAUUUGAGAGCCGAAGCUGCCCAGCAAAAUGGUUUACAGAAUUUGCCCUUGUUCGCUGCUGCCAUCCUCGCUGGUAACUUCGCUAGAUUAUCUCCAUCAAUCUUGAAUACUACAGCAGCAGUGUAUAUCCUUUCUAGAGUAGUAUACAGUUUCAUCUACAUCACCAAUACCUCUGAACUUUCUGCUAACUUGCGAUCAGCAACUUUCCUAACUGGUGUGGCCACUUGGAUGUCCCUUUUCGUCAGAGCUGGUAACAAAUUGUUCUAA